ACUCACCUCCACCUACGACUUUACGGCACCCAACGGUGGCUCACUCCCCAAGCCAACCGACUUUCACUGUCUUCCUUCGGUCUUCUCUCACGAGAUUCGAUUGAAAUCCACGGGACUCUCGAACGGGCCUAGCUUGAAUUCCUCCUCAUUCCGUCACGAGAUUCUCGGUUUUCUCUGCCGCUGUCUUUUCUCGGUUUUCAUGCGAUUUCUAUUCGAAUCCGCGGAAAUUUCAAUGGCUUAUGAUUGAUGAUUUGGAUGCUAGUUUCCACAUUCAGUGGAUCUGCUUCGUUUGUGAGCGAGAAUCGAUGAAUUUGAAUUUCAACUUCAUGGAUGAAUCGCGGCGUCAGCGUCAUCAAUGAAUUGCGGCUUCAGCUACAUCUUGGUGUGGGAGAGAUAGAGAAAGGAAUUGGAGAGGGAGACAGAGAGUUUUAGGGAGAGUUUGAUGGAGUGAAUGUCGGUGGCGAGAAGGUCAAGACAGGAAGCUUGACGCUUUCUGUGAUUUGUUUUGUUUUUAUGCUUCCGGUGGAGUUGAAGCUUUUAUAAUCAAUACUGGUGCAAUUUUGGAAUUAUUUUGGACACAGAUGGGUGAACAAGAACCCUAAGUUUCCGUUGCAUCUGUCUUCGUGUUAGUUGGGAGGAAAUGGUUGCAAACUUUAACUGAAGUUGGUAUUAAAUGAAGCGGAAGCAGAAAUCUCAAUACAAAUGGAAGAGGAACCUCUUUGCUAUGCUUCUGCUAGGAUUUUGUUUUGGAAGCUUAGUGUUGCUGCAAACACAAUACAGUCGAAUAAUGAUGUUUGCGUCCAUGCCUUCUCCGUUUCUGCAAAGGCCGAAAAUUGCAUUUCUCUUUAUAGCUCGGAAUCGGCUUCCUCUGGACGUGGUCUGGGAUGCAUUUUUUCGGGAAGAGAAGGAGAAUAAAUUUUCAAUUUUUGUUCACUCUAGGCCUGGGUUUCUACUCAACAAAGCUACAACAAGAUCAGUCUAUUUUUUGAAUCGGCAACUUAAUGAUAGCAUACAGGUAGAUUGGGGAGAAGCAAGCAUGAUCCAGGCAGAACGUAUUCUGCUUAGGAGUGCUCUUUUGGAUCCUUUAAAUGAAAGAUUCGUUUUCCUCUCUGACAGCUGUAUACCUCUGUACAACUUUAGCUACAUCUAUGACUAUAUCAUGUCAACAUCAACUAGCUUUGUAGACAGUUUUGCAGAUACAAAAGAGGGCCGCUACAAUCCAAAAAUGGAUCCUGUUAUUCCUGUUCACAACUGGAGGAAAGGAUCUCAGUGGGUUGUUCUGACCAGAAAGCAUGCACAGAUUGUAGUGGAAGAUGAUACUGUCUUCCCUAUGUUUCAGCAGCAUUGCAAGAGGAAGUCACUACCUGAAUUUUGGCGGGAUCAUCCCCUCCCUGCCGAUGGAUCCAAGGAGCAUAAUUGCAUACCAGAUGAACAUUAUGUUCAGACAUUACUUGCUCAAGAAGGCUUUGAGGAGGAAAUCACUCGCAGAUCACUGACUCAUUCUUCAUGGGAUCUUUCAUCCUCCAAAGUCCGUGAACGGAAAGGAUGGCAUCCUCUUACUUACAAGUUUUCAGAUGCUACUCCCAUGCUUAUCCAGUCUAUAAAGGACAUUGAUAAUAUCUAUUAUGAAACUGAAUACCGAAGAGAAUGGUGCACUAGCAAAGGGAAACCGGCCCCCUGCUUCCUUUUUGCCAGGAAAUUCACUAGGCCUGCUGCUCUCCGGCUUCUUAAUAUGUCUGCACUGGGAGCUUUCCAUGGAGAAACACGUAUAUCCUAACUGUGGCAAAGUAAAUAUCUAUUAUAAGUUCAAUACGAGCUAAAAGAGUCAUUAUUGUUGACCCAUAUUAAAAAAAAUCAUGUAGCUGUCAAUCAAAAUAAAGAGGGAGAUAGCUGUAAAGAGAGAUGAAAAAGAAAAAUAAGAAAUCAGUAAUGUAAACCGCAGGUGUGUAUAUUUCUCAUUUCCUUGGAAUAUAUAAUAACAGGUUAUUGCAUUUUCUUUGCGCCUUCA